UAGCUCCACUGGAGCUUCAUUGAGUUUGGUGCUACAGCGCCCCAUCUUUGCUAAACAGUCCCCCCGGCUUUGGCCUGUGACCUUCGUCAGUGAUCAUUAAUUGAUCCUACUUACAAACUUCAUUCGCCGAGCUUUCAACACUACAAUCACUUACCUACCUACGCAUCUUAUAACCUAUCACGACCACUCUUCGUUGCGAUACUAUAUAUCAGUCGGCAAACUCGAAACUAUCUUGCCUUUGCUUUCGUCUAAACCCGCCUUUACGUAACUCGAUCCUCUGCAACAUAACAGGAUGUCGGCCCAGAACUCGGCAGGCAUCCAGACCCUUCUCGAUGCCGAGAGGGAAGCUUCCAAAAUCGUCCAAAAAGCCCGAGAAUUCCGAACCAAGAGAGUACGAGAGGCGCGAGAUGAAGCCAAGAAGGAGAUAGAAGCCUACCGUCGAGCGAAGGACGAAGAAUUUAAGAAGUUCGAGGCCGAGCACACGCAAGGCAACAAGCAAGCCGAAGACGAAGCCAACCGUGACGCCGACGCUAAAAUCCAGGAGAUCCAAGCCGCCGGCAAGAAGAACCAGGCCAAAGUCGUCGAGGAUCUGCUCAAGGCUGUAUUCGAAGUGAAGCCCGUCCCACCAUCCAAGUCGUAAAUUGGUAUUAUGUCUAGCUAGUCAAGGGAAUGGAGACCCUACGUUGAGAAAAUACGAUAUCAGAGAUAAGGCAGCAUGCUAUACACAAUGAACGGAUAGGUGCUCGCUUGCGUGUGUACGUACGUGUUUGGGGGUUGAGGCCGUUGUUGCAUAUAUUACGCGACUGGUGUUCUUGAAGGGGGGGAACCUCGAAUAAAGAAAGGUCGGUGUCACUAGCUUCAAGAGGCUUGUCUGUGUUCAUAGAGGAAAGGUUCGAGGAAACCGUGCUUAGAAGCCGGUUUGAUUUGCAUUAUUUAUGACUGUUAUUACAUCAUACUACCACACGACCA